GGGGGGGGGAGGGGGGGGGGGGGGGUUGGGACUGUGUGGGAAAGACCUCAGCGGGACUGUGUGCGGAAAUACCUCGGCGGACGGCCACGAUGAGACGUAGUCAGGCACGAGUGUUCGAGGAUGCCGGGGAGGAUGAGAACCGCAAGGCGCAGAAGAAGUGUUGCGUGUACAAGUACAUCAGCGUGGGUCAGAAUAUCGGCGAGAGGUUCCGUGGGAAUCGCAUGUUGAAGUGCCUGUUUUGCGGCCGCGAGUUCCAUGGCAACCAGUACGUGGCGGGGCGCCAUUUCAAGCACGGGAAGGGAUGUCCGACAGUGACUGACAAGGCGCUUGUGGACAUACAUUACAACACAGACUACAAGCUGGACAGGAACAUCCUUGAGCGGAUGCCUCGGUUUGAGGAGCUUCACGGUCCGGCGCCUGCGAUGGAUCCACGCCGGGACGAGGGAGAGUUGGGAGAGGUGAGGGAUGAUGAGGACGUGGUCGACAUGGACAGCGUCGUGGAGGAGGGUGCGCGGGGGGGGCCGUCAGGGACGGAGCGAGGGAAGGGCGUUGUGCAUGUGGGUGCAGACGAGGCGGGAUCGCCUACGGGGAAGAGAAAGGAGAGAGAGGAGGGGGUGCGGCCAGGAGCGCAGAAGAGGCUGAGACAAAAUACGAUCAAGGAGUCGUACUCGUCACAAUGGGAGAUGGAGUUCAAGAAGAGGUUCUUGAGGUUUGCCUACAGUCAGCGUCUGCCAUUCAAUGUCUUCGGGAGCGAGCCGUGGAAGAACCUUGUCCGACACUUCAGGGACUUGCUGGGGCCAAUGAAGGUUUUGUGGCCUUUGGAGAAUGAGAUUGUUGACAUAGAGACAGUUGUCCGCACGGUGGACGAUGUGGUGGCUGAUCUCGCGGAGGACAGGGCUUUUUUCUAUGUCACGGGGGCCACCAUCAUGUCGGACGGCAAAAAGUCACGCGAUGCUAGACCGAUCGUUAACUGCCUUGUCGGCGGGUCGCGUGGGCUGAUGAUGGUCCGGACGAUGAACAGGGAGGUGAGGUCAGCAUUGGAGAGGACGGUGGAUGGCGAUAGUUGGGGUAUUGUCCCUUGGGACCAUUCUGUUCGUCAGUUGGCUCGGUUGGACCGUGGAGGGCUGCACAUGUCGCGGGUUGUUCAGUGGACGCAGAAUGUGACCCGCGAGGUGGCACGAGUGGUUCGCGCACUUCCGACGGAUUCUGCACGCUUCAUUGUGCAGAAGGUGCAGGCACGAGAGGCACAGAGGUGCACCAGCGACGUCGAGACGUACAAGGCUGUUUGCUGGUGGUCGAAGUGGGGACAGUGCGUCCCGCAGUUGCAGGUCAUCGCUCUUCAUGUCAUGUACAUGUGGAUGUGCUCCUCUCCUGCAGAGAGGAAUUGGGCCGUCCACGAGGGUGUACACACGAAGAAGCGUAACCGGCUCGAGUUUGAGAAGGUUGCGAAGUUGGUUGAGAUCUCAGCCAACGUCCGCCUUCUCUCUCAUCAGCGGGCAGGUCGCCUGUUUGCGCUACCGUGGACUCUCGAUGAGUCCUUGUUGGACAUGAAGGGAGGCAUUGGGACUCGGCCCUCGUGGAAGGGGACGGAUGACAGCAGGAUGCAGCAGGAGCUAGAGAGUCAGAGAUGUUCGUGGCAGCGAGACCCGUGUGGGUCGAGAGCUCCUCCAGGUGAGGUUGCAAAGGUUUUUGGGACUCGAGCUGCCACAUUGCGCCCGCACCCUCGAGACGACGACAACGAUUACGAGGGUUAGGAGCAGGAGGACGAGUGGGGCGGGCCCACUACUGCCACUCCUGCCGCACAUGAGGCUGAUGAGUGGAGCGACCCAAAGGACG